AUGGCGGAUAGACGCAGAGCUGAAAUAGAGGCAAAGCGAGCCAAGCUUGCUGAGUUCCGCAGGGCCAGGGCUGACCGCCAGAACGUCGACGCUGAGCGUCGUCUGUCUGAAUCCGCUGGUCCUUCCGCACGUAGAGAUGUAGACGAUAUCGUGGAUUCUCUCAUCGGUCCCGCGGGACCAAGUAGGGGCAUCGAGAAUGUGGUCGACUCCCCCGUGUCAUCUGUACCUGGCACUCCUGGCCUUGGUCAAACAGCUUCUCUGCCAGGCCGUUCUGCCCUCUCCCUAUCUGGUCGCCUGAGCAGGCAGAGCGACCUUGCGUCUGAUCGAAUAAGCGUGGGCACGACCUUUGUCCAGUCGGCCAACGGUACUACAGAUCAUGUUGUAGAACGUGUGAUGACCCCGCGAAUGAUACCGGACUUGAUAGAUGUUGAACAAGAACUUUUUGAGCUUCCCCAAAAAGAGCGAGUAAUAUACAACAAGGAAGUGCAGACCGUGGAGCUGGAGUCUGAACCGCUCGUCUUCCCGGAACAACUGCUCGAACGCAUCCAACGCGAGCGUGAAGCUGCCGAAGCAGAACAUGCUGCACACGACAAGGAGCUGGAGGAAGAGAGUGUGAAACUCGAACAGGAGAUUGAACAAGAGAUUAGAGAAAUGACGGAGGAAGAACGAAACAGCAUUUUCUCCGCACCUGAGUUCUUGGAUUUCGUGGAACAGUCGACCAAAAUAGUUCAGAGAGCACUGAAUGACCACUAUGAUUAUGUCCGCGAUUACACAACCGGCGCCGAGAGUGGAGUUGAUGAUUCGGAGGGGAGGAGGGUCAAAUGUAUCUGUGCCUUCUCGGACGAGCGCUACGGGAAGAAUCGGUCGAUCACUGAUGUUGGCUGGUCACCCAAGUUCCCUGAACUGAGUUGCGCGUCUUACAAUAAGAACCCUGCCGCUUUGAACGAACCCGAUGGUCUUGUGGCUGUUUGGAAUCUUCAUCUUCUGGAGCGACCAGAAUUCGUCUUCCAUUCACAGUCAGAUGUGCUCUCAGUGACAUUUUCACCGUUUCACUCGAAUCUCAUCUUCGGUGGCACAUAUUCCGGCCAGAUAUUGCUGUGGGACACACGGUCAAAGCAUUUACCUGUUCUCAAAACACCGUUAUCUGCCGCUGGACAUACACAUCCAGUCUACGCCAUGCAGAUGGUCGGCACUCAGAACGCUCACAAUUUGAUCACGAGCAGUACAGAUGGGACGGUUUGCAGCUGGCUUGUCGAUAUGCUGGCACAGCCCCAAGAAACCUUGGAGCUUGUCCACGCUGGCCAUAACAAAACAGGAGAGGUCGCGAUCACAACUCUCGAUUUUCCGGACAAUGAAACCACUACGUUCUGGGUUGGCACAGAGGAAGGAAAUGUGUAUCAGGCAAACCGAUAUGACCGCGCGGGUGCAAAAGCCGGUCUUCAUCAAUACGAUGUGUACAAGGGCCAUUCAGGACCAGUGAUGGGCUUGCACUUCCACCCUCUCUUAGGGCCAGUUGACUUCUCAGACUUGUUCUUGACUUGCUCGGUGGACUGGACGGUGAAGCUUUGGAGAGCAAAGUCGUUGGCAAAACCCUCUACCACUGCAAACAUAAUCCAGCCGCUCUACUCCUUCGACGAAGCUGACGACUACGUAUAUGAUGUUAAAUGGCAUCCGUCGCAUCCUGCACUGUUCGGGGUGGUCGACGGCUCCGGGAAGUUCGAUGUGUGGAAUUUGAACGUGGACACGGAGGUGUCCGUGGUAUCCACCAGCGUUGGUUCGGGUCGCGCUAUAAACAAGUUGCAAUGGGACCGGAAAGAUGGACGGCGGGCGGCACUGGGUGGGAGUGACGGAAAGCUGUACAUCUAUGAUAUCGGAGACAUGGCGCUCCCAAGGGAGUCGGAGUGGACGGAUCUGCAGAGAACGGUUGCCGGAGUUGCGGGUGGCGUGCAAAGCAACGGCGUCGUUGACGACAGCCUCGCUCGCGUAACCUCCGGCCGAUAA